AUGCAAUUCUUCAAGCUUCUCCCCUGCGUUCUGAUUCCAUUUGCGGCUGCUGCGCCAGCCGAGACGAUUCCUGUAGCUCCGCUUGUCACUUUAUAUCACGACUCCGAUUGGACCGGACAGCAGUUUGAUGUACGCAGCUUGAAGACUUGUGUUAAAGUCGUUGGCCCGCUAUCUGAUGACUGCAGACCUGGCACAGAAGUCAUUUUCAUCAAGGCUGGGAAUGGCAAGGUCAACAUCCGACACAACGAUAAUGUUCGAUCCGUGUAUUGCUUAGGAGCACAACGGACAUAUGCACGCUUUUGA